GUACAGAACAUUUGCUUCCGUUAUUGAACCAAGACAGUUCCCCACAACCCAUAAUAGGAAUUACAACGGACCCCAGAUACCACCACCCUCCAAUGGCUGCCCGUCUCCCCCAACUCGCCCGCCUCAUUCUCUUUACUGGCCCAAAUUGUUCCCUUUGUGAUGUUGCAAAACUAGAAUUGGCGAAAGUCCGGCAGUCAUAUCAAUUCGACCUUGAAAUAGUCAACAUACAGGAUAAAGGCCAGGAAAACGAAAGGUCGCUGGGAUGCCUCCACCGUGGUCGAGUCUAUGAGGCAGCGGAAUGCGGCGCUGGAAGCUCAGGAGGAAGUUGUCUAGAGAGUAGUCCUUACGGGUCCGAUGUCGCCUGCAACUUUUAUAUCGAUACCUCUGGGUCAGCUGGGUUCCAAGAAUUGUCACCGCAGUUAUGCUUUUAUGACAGGCACAUCUCCGGUAUCCUAGGCGAGAACCGCAGUCCAUCCCCUACACUCCUCGAUGUUCGCUUUUGUUUCAACUGCGGCUCACCUGAUCACAUCAUUGGGUCCUGUCCCGAACCGCAUAAUCGUCCCCUCAUCGCGCUGUCGCGGCAAAUUUUCAAUUUUUUGCGCUCUGAUGGGGAAACGAGGGAACCGGGCAGAUUUCAUGUUGUUGAAGCUUGGAAGAAACAACGGCUUGAAUGGUUGGAAUUUUUCCAGCCCGGAAAGGUUGUU